GGGGUCCAGCUUAGUGCCCUGGGCUCCCCGCCGAUGCCUUAUCCAGGCUGGGUGUCCCCAGCAUCUUGGGACCUAAAUUUGUGUAACCUGGGGCGCUUCCCAGGCCUGGAGGGUCCCUCCGGCAGGCCCACGGUGCCCCCGUUUUGCAUCAGGACCCCCCCUCGGAUGCUCUGAGCCACCCUCCUCAACCCGGAUCUAAAACCCGGGACACAGCUAUCAGGCCAGCCUCUCUCUCCACCCCACCCCCUCUUUCUGGCGUCCAUCCCCUCCCCAACUCCACCUCUGCUGUUGCCUCUGGCUGUGGACCUGCACCUCUUCCCCAUCCCCGACAGGCCUGGGGAGCGAGGUGAGCCUGGAUGAGAGCUCCCACAACCUGGGGCUCUCCCAGGCCAUGGCCCGAGUGCUCCCAGGGAGGAGCCCCAGACCCUGAGCAUCUGCUGGAGGCUUGGCAGAAGCCCCGCGGGGACCGUGUCUUCUGAGGACAAAAGGCGGCGGCCAGCGGGCAGACAGGGAGGGGGAAGGGGGGACCGGCAGCCAGGUGGGCAGACGGGUAGCAGGGGCCAGUGCUGGCCCCCCUCCCAGCUUGGCGGUGGCGUGAAGAUGGGGGUGGGAGUGUGUAGUUGGGGAAGCACCUGCCUGGACCCCCACCUGCCAGCUAGCUGGGCACCCCAAGGCUGUGUGCUGCCCACCUGGUGUUCCCCAACACCCCCAGCCCUGCCCAGUGCACUCCUCCAGUGCCUGCUUCCCCUGAUGUCUGCGAUUUAGACCAGCCCGGCUGUAUCCACGGCAACAGAAGCAGGAAUGUCACUGGCUGCCAGCUCACGGAGGGUCCCACAAUGUGGCCUGGGCUGUGAUUUAUCCUGAGUGAGACAGCUUGAGCCCCCUCCCUCGAUUCCAAGACAGCCCUGCUGAGAGAGCCUAGGGCUACUUGGGCACUCAAGCCUGGAGAGUCCUCUAGCCAUCCCCAUCUUCCUCAAUCCCAAAUGUCCCGUGAGGAAGGGAACCACCACCUGUUUCCCCGUACAAGGUGCAGCCCAGCAGGAAAACUGAUGGAGUCCCCCGGGGCCCAUCGAGUACCGGACUGGCUGACCCCAUAGGGUUGGGAGCAGCCCCUGCCCCUCAGUAUGGCCAACACCACUGGAGAGCCCGAGGAGGUGAGCGGCGCACUGUCUCCACCAUCAGCAUCGGCUUACGUGAAGCUGGUGCUGCUGGGACUGAUCAUGUGCGUGAGCCUGGCAGGCAAUGCCAUCUUGUCCCUGCUGGUGCUCAAGGAGCGUGCCCUGCACAAGGCUCCUUACUACUUUCUGCUGGACCUGUGCCUGGCUGAUGGCAUACGCUCUGCCGUCUGCUUCCCCUUUGUGCUGGCUUCUGUGCGCCACGGCUCCUCAUGGACCUUCAGUGCGCUCAGCUGCAAGAUUGUGGCCUUUAUGGCUGUGCUCUUUUGCUUCCAUGCGGCCUUCAUGCUGUUCUGCAUCAGCGUCACACGCUACAUGGCCAUCGCCCACCACCGCUUCUACGCCAAGCGCAUGACACUCUGGACAUGCGCAGCUGUCAUCUGCAUGGCCUGGACCCUGUCUGUGGCCAUGGCCUUCCCACCUGUCUUCGACGUGGGCACCUACAAGUUCAUCCGUGAGGAGGACCAGUGCAUCUUUGAGCAUCGCUACUUCAAGGCCAAUGACACGCUGGGCUUCAUGCUUAUGUUGGCUGUGCUCAUGGCAGCCACACAUGCUGUCUAUGGCAAGCUGCUCCUCUUCGAGUAUCGUCACCGCAAGAUGAAGCCCGUGCAGAUGGUGCCAGCCAUAAGCCAGAACUGGACAUUCCAUGGCCCUGGGGCCACCGGCCAGGCUGCUGCCAACUGGAUCGCUGGCUUUGGCCGUGGGCCCAUGCCACCAACCCUGCUGGGUAUCCGGCAGAAUGGGCAUGCAGCCAGCCGGCGGCUGCUGGGCAUGGACGAGGUCAAGGGUGAAAAGCAGCUGGGCCGUAUGUUCUACGCGAUCACACUGCUCUUCCUGCUACUCUGGUCACCCUACAUUGUGGCCUGCUACUGGCGAGUGUUUGUGAAAGCCUGUGCCGUGCCCCACCGUUACCUGGCCACCGCUGUUUGGAUGAGCUUCGCCCAGGCUGCCGUCAACCCGAUCGUCUGCUUCCUGCUCAACAAGGACCUCAAGAAGUGCCUGAGGACUCACGCCCCCUGCUGGGGCACAGGAGGUGCCCCGGCUCCUAGAGAACCCUACUGUGUCAUGUGAAGCAGGCUGGUAGGCAGACAGGCAGGGAGAAAGUCAGGGCCACCAUGAUGGGGCCAACAGAAGGGGAGAGGUGGGGCUCCAUAAUAGGAGCCUUUCUUUCUGAGCUCUGGCCCCAGCCCCUCGAACCACCUGGAAUCUAGGCACCUUUGCCAGCACCUCCCCAGGGUUGGGGACUGGGUGAGGGACUGGGAAAGAGGCAUUUCUAGUUCUGUGGGGCCCGUCUCCGCCACCUCCUUCUCCACUUCUACAAUCUCUCUCUCUCUCUCUCUCUCUCUCUCUCUCUCUCUCUCUCUCUCUCUCUCACACACACACACACACACACACACAUACACACAGAA